GCUAGUGUGUUACAUGCCGCUAGCUAAUCUCGGAGGGGGCUUGUGACCACGGCGUUUUACGCGCGCGCUAGACCCUGAAAGACAAAGCAAGCCAGCGGCGCAGCGCCUCAAGGAUCAGAAGUCGCCGCCUGCGCAUUUUAGGGUCCCCGCGUCAGCCAACCGCUGCGUUUUGCCCGGAGAGCCCAGCGAGUCACAGCCGGAAAAAGACGCGCACGCGCCAUGUCAUCGCUCAAGGACAAGGUGGCUUCCAUCACGAAGGCCUUCGGCCUGCCGGACAAGGGCUCGCUGCGGCAGAAUGUCGACGAACUGUGCAAGGCGACCGACGUCACGUUCACGACCAUGAAAGACACCGUCGACGCGCUCACGUGCGUCUGCGAGUUCGCGAAUGAGGUCGUGCCGAAGCUCUGUGAAGACGCGGGGGUCGACGCGACGGGCAAGCUCGGCGACGACGUGGCGACGUUGAAGACUGAGAUCGGCGUCGAGGCGGCCAAGUUUCCCCUGGCGCUCAAGGAGCUCGCGGAAUCCAUGGGCAUCGACGUCAAGCCGGACAAGUUACAGAAGCUCAUGCAGCUGCCGUGCUGCAAGGAGGCGGCGACGAAGAAACCCGCCGAGAAGCAAAUCGACGCGCCGUGCGUCUGCGCCAAGGGCGUCGAGGAGUGCCGGAAUUGCAAGGCGAAGGAGCAUCCGUGCGUCUGCAAAUCUCUAUUGCUCGAGGCCAUCGAUCAGCCCGUCGCGCUCUGCAAAGCGACGAAACACGCGUGCCUAUGCACGAGCCGUUUCGACGGAAAGUACUCGGCGAAUCCCGGACACGGAGCAAAGUUGACCAUGAACAGCGAUUUUAGCACUCCCGGAUAUGGUACUUACUGUAAUUUGCCGUGGAACUUAUCGUCCGAGGGCGCGCCGCACCUCUGCCGCCAGCACAACGACGACGACGUCAUCGAGAUCGACGACGAGGAGGAGGACGUCAAGCCCGCGAAGAAGAAGUCGCGACGCAAGUAGAUGCGGUUACCACGUCCGGAUGUGGCGGAGGCGUCGCAGCGAGGCGGCGCCCACACGAUUUUGACGAGUAAAUACACAGUACACAAUCA